GGGUGAUGAAGAAUGUUUUUUUUUUUCUUAAACUGAUUGCUUUUACACCCAUAAAGGCUGUAAAAGCAAUAAUUUCUCCUUCUCUCUGGCUGCAUUCUUGCAGCCAUUGAGAAAUACUGUGUGAGCUGUGAUUGGUCACAGCUUGUCACAUGGUACAAGGCUGUUGUAAAUAGCCUUGUACCAUACUACUCUGCAUGUGAUCACUGAUUGGCCAAUCAGUGAUCACAUGAUCAGGACCUCGCACAGAGGUCCCAUACGACGAUCGGCGUUCCACUGUGUCCGGAGGAUACAGGGGGCACUGGAUCGUGGUGCUGCAUGCUCCCAGAGAGAGGACAGGGAGGCCAUUUAUAAACGGCCACCCGACCCUGCACUGCCACCGUCCGGCUGUUUAUAUACAACGGCUGGACGGGAGGUGGUU